UCGGGCCGUUAUUCUGGGUGCUGGCUUGAGACCUGCGGUCCUUGCCGUUUUGUCAACGUCUUUGCGCUGCGGCAGUUCCAGAUGCCAGGGUAAACUGCACGCAGGAAACUAUGUCAAAGAAUCUUCUGAUGUCAUAAUUUCUGGGUGUUACUGGAACCUUUGAUCAUCAUUCCUUUGGCAGUUCCAGCUUUCUAUGGAAGGUUUUCAGUGAAUUAUGGUUUUACGGUUUGGAACUCAGCCAGGGAGGUUUCCAGUGGAAGGAGGAGAUUCUUCAAUUGGACGAGAAUCAGGGCUGAACUCCAGUGCUGCCUGUAACAGGAAUGAGAUAUUGCCAAACAGGCAACUCCGAAGAUGCCCCGCAAGUCAUUGCCUGACAAUAACUGAUGUUCCCAUCACUGUCUAUGCAACAAUGCGAAAGCCACCUGCGCAAAGCAGCAGGGAAAGUCCUCCUAAAUAGCAUCAUUAAGUCUUCGGUGGAGGGUUGACUAGGUCAAGAAUAAUGGGCCGGU